AUGCGGUCAUAUCUAAAAGACAAGAUGGGCUCGAUUGAGCUUCCGCCUGCCGGAUUCUUCGAGCAUGUGGCCUUCGCCCCCCUAGAUGCCAUUUUCGAGCUUACCAAAGACUACAAUGCAGACACCAGCGAGCACAAGGUGAAUCUCGGUCAAGGCACGUACAAGGAUGGCAACGGCGAACCGUGGGUUCUACCGGCGGUUCAAGGCGCCAAAGAAAAGAUCAGGGACGCCAAUCAUGAAUACCUCCCCAUCUUGGGCCUUCCCAGCUUCCGGCACCUAGCGACAAAGCUUGUGCUGGGGGAUUCAGGGCCAGCAGUGACCGAGCAGCGUGUGGCCUCAUGCCAGACACUCUCAGGCACCGGCGCGUUGCAUCUGGCAGGUCUGGUGCUGUAUGAGGCCCUGGGCCCCUCGUGUACCGUCUACAUCACAGAACCGACCUGGUCCAACCAUCGGCAGGUCUUCGAGGCCAUCGGGUUCUAUGUGCAGAGCUACCGAUACUACGACGAAGCCACGGGCAAGCUGGACGUUGCCUCGCUCGAACAGACCUUCGAGGCCGCAGCGCCCGGCUCCAUAUUUGUGAUGCAUGCCUGCGCCCACAAUCCCAGCGGCUGCGAUCCAACCCAGGAGCAGUGGCGACGGCUGGCGACCAUUGCAAAGUCCCGAAAGCUCUUCCCACUCUUCGAUGCGGCAUACCUGGGCAUCACCUCGGGAGACUACGACGCCGACGCCUUUGCCAUCCGACACUUUGUCAACGAAGCCGGCCUCGAGGCGGCCAUCUGCACGUCCUUUGCAAAGAACAUGGGGCUGUACGGCGAGCGCGUUGGCCUGGUAAAUUUCAUCACGCAGACGUCCGCCGCUGCCACGGCUGUCGAGUCCAAGUUGGCCCAGUUAACCCGCGUGGAAAUAUCCAAUCCCCCGGCCUUUGGUGCCCGCAUCGUGGCAGCUGUGCUGGGCGACGCUGAGCUCUGCGCCGAGUGGUUCAGGAACCUCAGCACCAUGAGCGGCCGUAUUGCUGAAAUGCGGCAGCAGCUGUAUGAUGCACUUGUGCGGCUAAAAGCACCCGGAGAUUGGGAGCGUAUUAUCCAGCAGAAGGGCAUGUUCUGCAUCCUAGGGUUGCCCUUGGACCGUGUUUUGCAACUGAAGAGUAAGCGACUUGAGCUCUCUCCUUCUCCCUGGAUUUCCAUUCUCAUCCUCUUCACAUGA